CCCAACUUCAGCCCAAAUGUGGGCUAUUUAGAGGAGGACUGGGCAACAAAUGACCGUGUAACAAUGAGCUGGAGUUUCCUGACUCGGCUGCUGGAUGAAAUCUAUAACCAUUCCACGUUUGUGGGCAAGCUGUGGCUCACCGUCCUCAUCAUUUUCCGCAUCGUCCUGACCGCCGUCGGGGGAGAGUCCAUCUACUACGACGAGCAGAGCAAGUUCGUUUGCAACACGGGUCAGCCGGGCUGCGAGAACAUCUGUUACGACGCCUUUGCGCCGCUCUCGCACGUGCGCUUCUGGGUCUUCCAAAUCAUUUUGGUGGCCACGCCCUCUGUCAUGUACCUGGGCUACGCCCUCAACAGGAUCGACCUUGUGGAGGAGCGGGCGGACUGCGGGGGAGCGAGCGGUUUGUCCCGCAAGACAGCCAAAAAGCGCUAUCUCGCCGAUAGGAAGCAGCGCAGCGCAGUGCAAGUGCCGCAGGACGAUGAAGAAGCUGAGGCUAGGAUCUAUGAGAAGGCAAAAUCGGAGGGCAAGGGCGGCGGCGCGACCAAAGGAGGCGUCGGACAAGCGGACGUCAAGGCGCGCCACGAUGGGAGGCAGCGCAUCAAACAGGAUGGUCUGAUGCGUAUGUAUGUCUUUCAGCUGCUAGCGCGCACCAUCCUGGAGGUGACCUUCUUGGCCUUACAGUACUACCUGUAUGGCUUCACCAUGCCCGCCACCUACGUGUGCUCAAAAAAGCCCUGCCCCCACAAAGUGGACUGCUUCGUGUCGCGGCCCACGGAGAAGACCAUCUUCCUCCUCAUCAUGUACAGCAUCUCCUUUCUCUGUCUGGCCCUCAACAUUUGGGAGAUGCUCCAUCUUGGCGUCGGUACCAUCUAUGACAUUCUAAGAACCCGUGACUGGCGCCUCUCAGACGAAGAUCCCCUCGGUGUGUCAAGGGGGUCGGAGAGCGAGGAAUACGACAGCUACCCCUCCCCUUGGAACACGCCAUCCGCCCCACCGGAGUACAACAUCGCCGUCAAGCCCCUCAUGGUGUACACGCGAUCCCCCGGCCAGACACUCCCUGCCCUCGAGUUGGCCAAAAUUAAAACGGCGGGCCAGCAGAACCGCGCCAACGCAGCCCACGAGGACCGCCAGCGUUACGCCGAUGGUAAAAACAACCUAAAGGUCGCUGCCCCUCACGAUACCCACGAAAAGGAGUCUUUGCCCCAGCCCCAAAAGGAGGCUGACACUCAGCAGAACCUCCGGAGCAACAAGCGCAAAGCCCCCCGUGAGCAUACACACGCCAAGCAGACCUGCAGCAAGGCAAACCAUGGCAGCAGCAGCAGCAGAAGCGUCAAAUACGGAGAGAUAAAGGAUUCUGAUUGGAUCUGA